UGAUUUUACAUGGAUAUUUCUGUAAUACCAAGGCAUUGAUUAUUGCCACCAACCGACUACCGGCAAAACCGCCGCAUGCCGCAAAGGGAUAUUAGAACUUUACAAUGACAAGCAAAGUAAAAAAACUGAAACAAAGGAAACGAAUCAACAAUCAACAUUUCAAACAUUACUCACUUUCAUCAAGAUCAUUGCUGCUCUUAUCCUUUACAGGCUGUUUGUCGAUGUGCCUCCUUUGAGGCAAAUGUUACCUGGUUUGCAAUGGAUGAGUUACCAGAACAGUUAGUUUGGGAGAUUUUAGGCAGGGUUAGGGAAACUGGGGACCGAAACUCUGUUUCAUUAGCGUGUAAACGCCUUUAUGAACUGGAUAAGGAACAGAGAAUUUAUCUUCGAGUUGGUUGUCGAUUAGAUCCUGCGAAUGAAGCUUUGGCUUCCCUCUGCAAUAGGUUUCCCAACUUAAGAAAAGUAGAAAUCACUUACUCUGGAUGGAUGUCCAAACUGGGCAAACAAAUGGAUGACCAAGGACUCUUGGUUCUUUCUGGCAACUGCCCUUCACUAAGUGAUCUCACUUUAAGCUAUUGCACAUUCAUCACUGAUAUGGGUCUUAGUUACUUGGCUUCUUGCUCCAAGCUUUCAGCCUUAAAGCUGAACUUUACCCCAAGAAUUACUGGUUGCGGCAUACUAUCCCUUGUUGUAGGCUGCAGAAACCUCACAAUUCUCCAUCUUAUUCGCUGCCUAAAUGUUCACAGUUUUGAGUGGUUGGAAUAUCUUGGCAAGCUUCAAAUAAUUGAAGAUCUAUCUAUUAAAAAUUGUAGAGCAAUUGGGGAGGGUGAUUUAAUAAAGCUAGGACCAAGUUGGAAAAAGUUAAAACGGUUGCAAUUUGAGGUGGAUGCUAAUUACCGAUAUAUGAAAGUUUAUGACCGCUCUGUAGAUCGAUGGCAAAGGCAGUGGAUCCCAUGUGAAAAUAUGCAGGAGCUUAGCUUGGUAAAUUGCAUCAUUAGCCCUGGACGAGGGCUGGCUUGUGUAUUAGGGAAGUGCCUUAACUUGGAGAAGAUUCACUUGGACAUGUGCAUUGGAGUAAGAGACUCUGAUAUUGUAAGCUUAGCAAAAAAAUCUAGUAAUCUUCGGUCUAUAUCCCUCCGAGUUCCUUCUGAUGUCCCACUGCCUUUAUUGAUGAACAAUCCAUUGAUAUUAACUGACGAGAGUCUAAAAGCCAUUGCUCAAAACUGUUUGAUGCUUGAAACAGUGAGGAUAUCUUUCUCUGGUGGAGAGUUUCCUUCGUUUUCAUCAUUUACUUUAAAUGGAAUUCUUAGCGUGAUAAAAAGUUGUCCAGUUCGGGAACUUGCUCUUGACCUUGUCUGUUCCUUUAAUGAUGUCGGGAUGGAAGCUCUAUGCUCAGCUCAGCAUCUAGAAACCUUGGAGCUUGUGAGAUGCCAAGAAAUUAGUGAUGAGGGGUUGCAGCUUGUAAGCCAGUUUCCACAUCUCUGUGUUUUGCGGCUGAGCAAAUGUUUGGGGAUUACAGAUGAUGGAUUCAAAACUCUUGUUGGUACGUACAAACUGGACUUGUUGGCUGUUGAGGAUUGUCCCCAAAUUUCUAAAAGAGCUGUCCAUGGAGCUGCUAGAUCUAUAUCAUUCCGGAAAGACUUGUCAUGGAUGUAUUGAACUUUUUUUUGGCUUAAGGGCAUAAUUAUCUGGUUUCUUGUGUUUGUGCAGUCUUCUGUAUCCUUUCCAAUUUCAAUGAACAUUUCUAGAUGAUGUUGCAUCUGAUUCUUGAUUUAUCUUUACAUGUAACUGUUGGAAAUAACAUUCUAAUUUGUAUAUGCUAAUACAGCUAUAGUUAUGUUUAAUGCUAUCCUUUGGUAAACAUUCCGUGAAGAAUUAUUAUGAAGCAAAUGCUGGAAUAUAGCAGUAUUUAAGGUGCUGAUACAUGACAUCCAAAAUGAGCAACAAAUAAUUGAGUGCAUCUGGUUGGAUAUUCCCCCUUUAAAUCCGACUUUGAUGUCCGAAAACUGCUGAUGGAACCCCAUAGUGGAAUGAAAUCAGAAAAGAAUCAGUAUCAUGUUGGUGCGUAGUGGCAUUAUAGGGUACGCGUCGAAAUGAGAGGACUUGGGCUGCAUGUAGGCUUUCAUAUUAUUAUUUAACUUAAGACCAGGUUAGCAAUGUCAGAAUUUGACUUUGUUUGUCUCAAAGAAUCCAUUGCUUUCUUCGAGGAGACUGGUUCUGGAUGCAUAAAUCUUCACAUCUUGAGUCUCUAUAAUAUUGUAUUUGUUGACAGAGGAAA